AGUGACUUCAAGUCGACGUUUGUGAUUAAAUAAUUUAGUUUUUUGUCUCAAAAUGGGUAUUUUACAGAGACUUCCUCGCUUCUCAAAAUGCCUCUGUUGCUUGAGUUUACGAAGCGGAAUUAUUUGUUUAGCAGUUUGUCAACUUACAAUUGGCUUACUUAACAUCUCGAAAAUUCUCCAUCAUUACAGCUCGAAGUUGUCAGAUGUAAUGGGCAUUAAUAAGAUUCAGUUUUUUGAUGACUACGACGAUAGAAAUGUCGACGAGGAGCACAUCAAGUACUUUUACAUUCACUUGUUCCACGACACACUUGUCAUUGUAUUUGCUUUGACGCUACUUUAUGGCGCACUUGGCCGCAACGCAAUUGCCAUAAAAAUUUACAUAAUAACCGACUUUCUCAUGACAAUCGUCGAUACGAUAAAUUUUGUGGUUCCUUUGACGAAAUUUUUGACGACAGCGACAACGCCAGAUCCCAACCCAGCGGACCAAAAGACAAUUCUCAUCGAUGUGGUGCUACUUUUGAUCGAUUUGACGCUGACGGCGUACUUUUUGCUUUGUUGUAAUUCGUACGUGCAAAAAUUGGAAUAUGAAGCACGACAAAGGCAAACUGGCUCAACUGUGGAUUACGAGCCCAUGAGAGAAAAUGAUGAGCAAUAUAAUUUGCAUGUUAUUUAAAACGAAAAAAAUUAAAUUAUGGAAUAAAAUUUUUUUUUACAC